AUGGCGAACCGAGAAGUCUUGUCCUCCCGAACGGAGACUCUCAACAAAUACCUGAAGCUCGACCAGAAGGGCUCCAUCAUGGCCGAAUACGUCUGGGUCGAUGCCAACGGCGAGACUCGAUCAAAAUCGAGGGCCGAGACGGGGCGCGCUUUGUCGAGUCUUGAGGAGUCUGAGCUCAGCCACACGCCUGGCGUUGCGGCGAAGCAGGCGACCCUGCCCUCCCCAGCCACGCUCAGAAUAGAAAGCCACCCCGCAUCAGCGUCACCCCGAGACGGUCCCACUGGCACCGGCCGAGCGGACCAAUCGGUGCCCGGCUAUCCGGAUUUCGGUGCCAUGCGGCGGCGUGUGGACGGCCCCAGCCUAUAUGUGAAUUCCUAUGACGCACAGCAUAUUGCAGAUCAGAUCAAGUCAUGCCGAACCCUCGCUGAGAAGGAGUACAAGCCUGAAGAUCUCCCCGUCUGGAACUUUGACGGCUCAUCCACCGAUCAGGCCCCCGGCGAAAACUCUGACGUCUACCUGCGUCCCUGCGCCAUCUUCCCCGACCCCUUUCGCGGCUCUCCCAACAUCAUUGUCCUGGCUGAGUGCUGGAACGCCGAUGGCACUCCCAACAAGUUCAACUUCCGUUAUGAGUGCAACAAGGUGAUGGAGGCUUAUGCCGAGCACGACCCCUGGUUCGGCCUUGAGCAGGAGUAUACUCUCCUUGAUCACGAUGACCGUCCUUUUGGCUGGCCCGUUGGCGGUUUCCCUGCUCCCCAGGGUCCGUACUACUGCGGUGUUGGCAGCGGCAAGGUUGUUAUGCGAGACAUUGUCGACUCACACUACAAGGCCUGCCUCUACGCCGGAAUUCACAUCUCGGGUACCAAUGCUGAGGUGAUGCCCGGUCAGUGGGAGUACCAAGUUGGUCCAUGCGUUGGCAUUAACAUGGGCGAUGAACUCUGGGUUUCUCGAUUUAUGCUUGCUCGCGUCGCAGAAGACUAUGGCGUCAAGGUCUCAUUCCAUCCCAAGCCUAUGAAGGGAAACUGGAACGGAGCUGGUCUGCACAGUAACUUCUCAACGAAGGAGAUGCGUGCCGAGGGUGGAAUGAAGCACAUUGAGGAUGCUCUCAAGAAGCUCGAGCCCCACCACGUCGAGUGUAUCAAGGAGUAUGGAGAGGACAAUGAGCAGCGUCUCACUGGAAGCCACGAGACUGGUUCCAUUGAUCAGUUCUCCUGGGGCGUCGCUAACCGUGGCUGCUCUAUCCGUAUUCCACGGGAGACUGCCGCCAAAGGCUACGGUUACUUUGAAGAUCGCCGACCUGCAUCCAACGCCGAUCCUUACCGCGUCACCAAGAUCCUCAUGACCUCAAUAUUCGGCAAGCUGUGA